AUGGCGUUGACGCUUCAGACAGCCAUCAAGGGCGCCGGCAGCUCUACUGCCAUCAUUAUUCCUUCCAAGCCCAGCCCGUUGGCUGUUACAUACAACGAUCUCAUCAAGGAGACUGCCUCGUUCCAGCAGAAGCUUGCUGCCAUCGGCAUCACCAAGGGGGCCCCAGUCUCCAUUGCCACUGUCAACUCGUAUGAGUUCAUCAUCUCGUUUCUCGCCGCGUCCUGGCAACGUGGAAUCGCCGCUCCGUUGAACCCGGCGUACAAACAAGAUGAAUUCGAGUUUUACAUCGAGGAUGUCAAGUCUGCCAUUGUUCUGGUUCCCCGCGGUGCUUAUCAGAGUAACGCCCCGGCUGUGCAGGCAGCCAAGAAGUUCAACGCAGCCAUUGCCGAGACGUACUGGGAUGCUUCGAAGAAGGAGGUUGCUCUUGAUGUGAAGGAGCUGGGACAGCUCCAGGGCAAGCCCAAGGAACAAAUUCUGAAGCCCGAGCCGAGCGACGUUGCCCUCGUUCUGCACACCAGGUGA